AUGCGGGCGGAUACUGUGCUUGUGUUCUUCAUCUGCGUUUGUCUGGUGGCUGCCGCCGGGAAGCUGGCUCGGUCGCGGGGUCACAAGCUGGAGACCUUGAAGCAAAGCAGGUCCCGAAGAGAAACAAGAAUGGAUGGAGGUUCAGGUCACAAAACAGGAAGCCCAAUCUACAAGAGAAGCCCUGACAUGACAAAAUCUCUGAUGACAAAAUCGGAGCAGCUUCUCAGAAUAGACGACCACGAUUUCACCAUGAGGCCGGCGUUUGGAGGUCCUCCCAUCCCAGUGGGAGUCGAUGUUCAGGUGGAAAGUUUGGACACCAUCUCUGAAGUGGAUAUGGACUUCACCAUGACGCUCUACCUGCGUCACUACUGGAAAGACGAGCGGCUGUCGUUCCCCAGCACCAACAACCAGAGCAUGACCUUUGACAGUCGCCUGGUGAAGAAGAUUUGGGUCCCGGACAUGUUCUUCGUGCACUCCAAGCGCUCGUUUAUCCACGACACCACCACAGACAACGUCAUGCUGAGGGUUUAUCCCGACGGCAACGUCCUCUACAGCCUCAGAGUCACAGUCACUGCCAUGUGCAACAUGGACCUCAGCCGCUUCCCUCUGGACACUCAGACAUGCUCACUUGAGAUCGAAAGCUACGCGUACACGGACGACGAUCUGAUGCUUUACUGGAAGAAAGGCAACGAAUCCCUCAACACGGACGACCGAAUAUCCCUUUCCCAGUUCCUGAUCCAGAAAUUUCACACCACCACCAAGUUGGCUUUCUACAGCAGCACAGGCUGGUACAACCGCUUGUACAUCCACUUCACCCUGCGGCGCCACAUCUUCUUCUUCUUGCUGCAGACCUACUUCCCCGCUACACUCAUGGUCAUGUUGUCUUGGGUGUCCUUCUGGAUCGACCGCAGGGCCGUCCCCGCCAGAGUCCCCCUAGGCAUCACCACCGUGCUCACCAUGUCCACCAUCAUCACCGGGGUCAACGCCUCCAUGCCGCGGGUCUCCUACAUCAAGGCAGUGGACAUUUACCUGUGGGUCAGCUUCGUGUUCGUCUUCCUGUCGGUGAUCGAGUACGCCGCCGUCAACUACCUCUCCACGGUGCAGGAGAGGAAAGAGCGCAAGCUCAGAGAGAGACUCCCCUGCACGUGCGGCAUCGGCAACCCGGACGACAUGAUGAUCGACCCCCAGAUCAGCGGAUACGGCACCGUGGACAUCAACACCACGGGGAACUACGCAACGCCGGAGAACGGCGGGCGACAGGACCGGAUUCUGGCUCAGGUGGCCCUAAACGACCCGCAGCUCACGGGCCAGGUGCGCGUGCUGGAGCGCCGUCACGUCCGACCGGGGGUGAACUGCACGCUAGGGCGCCCGGCUGAGAAGAACCCACACUUGGAGGACUUAGUGGCAACGCCACUGGGAACGAAGAACGAGGACCUCCGCCUUCUCAACAACAGCCUCGUACAACUGGUGGCUUGCACUGGUUCCGAUCCAAAUGCGCGCAUGUGUGUGUGUGUGUGUGUCCCGUCAUGCUGUGACUGUUGUGGAUUUACAAAAAGACGUUUGCUGUCGCUUGAUGUACACCUGCUAUGAGAGGGGAGAGCAGCACUUUUUCAUAAAACGCUCAAGAGAUGAACUGAUGCAACCGCCGCACAAAUAUGUUUCUGAUGAUAUAUUAUAAGCAUUAAAUGUUUAGGGACUUUUUUUUUUUUUUUUUCCAAUGUUGCAAUGGACUUUCGUUAGGGUUGGAGAACCGUGUGACGUGGAGGCUUUCUUGGAAUUGUUCUUUGUUAUUCUACACACAAAAUCAGUCGCCCUUUUGCAGGCCUCAACAUGCCUGGAAGUCUUUCAUAAAUGGUGGAAAUAUUUUCCCUUUCAGCAGCAUUGAUUAUUCUUCUUUAGACGAUUGAGCAAUGUGGGUGGAGUAUGGUGUCAAAGUUCAAUGAUCAGUUGGAGGAUUCGUGCAACCAUUUUCUGUAUUGCUUAUUUUCGCGGGCGUGCCAGAGCCGAUGAAAACAUUUUCUUUACUAAAUUGCAGCUUCAACCAUCAUAAUUGUUUUUUGGGGGCCCCCGACUUGUGUAUCCUGAUUAAAAUGUGUCAACUCGAUUUUAAGGGGACCUGAACGCAAUUCCCUGAUGUCACAAUAGCGCCCUUGGAAAGUUACAAAAACAAAUUAAAAAAAAAAAAAAAUAGUGAUCAACAAGAAAUUAGGUGGACAUUUCUGCAAAGGCAAAACGCAAGAUUAAAUCUCAAAGACUCGUACCAAAAAUUGAACAAUUGACCAUUUUGGGCAAAUUCCCAGGUUCACACUUUGAUGAACUCCAUCCCUCAUUUGGGUUCUGGGUGAGCCGGAGUCCAGCCAAGCUUGCUUGGGGGCAUUAAGUGGGGGUACACCCUGGUUUGGUCAACGGUAUGGCACAUGUAAACAAAAAUGGAAUAUUUACAGCUUGCCUGGACGCUUUUGUGAUGUGGGCACCGCUUGCAACGUUCUUCUCUUUUUCGAAUCGCACUGCAAAAGGUUCCCGAUCCCUGAACGAGAACGUCGAGACGUAUUGCAUCCGAUGUUUCUGCACACUUGCCAAUCAGUCACACAACGCUAAAGCUCCUCAUGACAAUCAGCACGCUGAAUAUGACUCAUUGUAUGUUUCCUGGUGUGACUUUUGUAUCAGUGCUGUGAAGCUAUCGCAUUGCAUCUUUGUGAUCGGACAAUGUUUCAUUAAAAACUAAUUACAAAUGUGGAAAGAAAAAAAAAAUAACUCAAGAGCCAAGCACUUGCUGAUGUACUCGCUCAUUAAAAUGACUUUAUUUCUUCUUUAUCAUACAAGUACAGCUUGUUGGGUGUUGUGAAGCUUUGAGGUUCACUGUGAUCCUGCCUAGAUGCUUGCACUCAAAACAUACUUUGCUGAUUUAUGAAUAAAUUACCCCUAACCUACCCCUGAAAAAGAAAAA